AUUGGGGUGUAAAGUGGGGGGGCCCUUCCCCCCGCCCCUCCCACCUUCCCUCCGUCCCCCCCUCCCUGGACACCUCUGCCCCCAGUCGGGACCGGCCUUCCUUCGGACGGGAGCCCGUCGCUCCCUUUUUUCCCAGUCUGGAAGCAGUUGACCGUCCACCCGCCCACCCGAGGAUGCGCUUUUCCACCACCCUUCGAGGGGACUGAAGGACUCUUCCCCCCCGUCCCCCGUCCCCCGAGAGAGGAGCUCCCCCGGAUCCGCCCCCGCUUGUCAUAUUUUUUUUUUUUGGAAUUUUUUCUAAAUACCAGAUCUCCGAGGAGAUCGGGAUACUUCGAGGCGAUGUUGUACUUUGUCCCCCCGAUAGGAGUCUUCGCCCCCAGUCCUCCGCUUCUCCCCUACACUGGUGGUAGGGGGCUAGGUCCCAUCUUCCCUCCCGUCUUCUUGGAACAGGUCACCCAUUGCUACGGGUCUAAUGGGCUCUUCUCCCCACCUCAGGGACACCCCCAGAACCCCCUGCAGGUCGGGGCUGAGCUUCAGUCCCGGUUCUUCGCGUCCCAAGGCUGCAACCAGAGUCCAUUCCAGGCCACCCCGGCCCCCCCGCCGGCCCCCCAGCCGCCGUCGGCCGAGCCCCUCCAGGUCGACCUGCUCCCCGUGCUCGCCGCGGCCCAGGAGUCGGCCGCCGCCGCCGCCGCGGCCGCAGCCGCCGCCGCCGCCGCCGCUCCCCCCUCGGCCGCCGCCGCGGCCUCCACGGUGGACACAGCGGCCUUGAAGCAGCCCCCGGCACCCCCUCCUCCGCCGCCCACGGCCACAGCCCCGGCUUCCGAGGCGGCCCCUCCGGCCUCCGCCGCCACGGUCGCCGCCGCCACGGCGGCCGCCGCCCCGACCUCCGCCGCUGCUGUCGCCCCCGUGGCCGCCACCUUGGAAAAGAAGUCCAAGAGCAAGGGGCCGUACAUCUGCGCUCUGUGUGCCAAGGAGUUCAAGAACGGCUAUAACCUGCGGCGGCACGAGGCCAUCCACACGGGGGCCAAGGCGGGGCGGGCCGCCCCCGGCGCCAUGAAGAUGCCCACCAUGGUGCCCCUGAGCCUGCUGAGCGUGUCGGCGGCACUGGGCGGGGCGGGCGGGGGCGGAGGGGACGGGGGAGCAGGAGGCGGCGGGGCCGGGGUGGGCGGAGGGGGCGUGGUGACCACCACGGCCUCCGGGAAGCGGAUCCGGAAGAACCACGCGUGCGAGAUGUGCGGGAAGGCCUUCCGCGACGUCUACCACCUGAACCGGCACAAGCUGUCGCACUCGGACGAGAAGCCGUACCAGUGCCCCGUCUGCCAGCAGCGCUUCAAGCGCAAGGACCGCAUGAGCUACCACGUGCGCUCACAUGACGGGGCCGUACACAAGCCCUACAACUGCUCCCACUGUGGCAAGAGCUUCUCCCGGCCGGACCACCUCAACAGCCACGUCAGACAGGUGCACUCCACAGAGCGGCCUUUCAAGUGCGAGACGUGCGAGGCAGCGUUUGCUACAAAGGACCGGCUGCGGGCGCACACGGUGCGGCAUGAGGAAAAAGUGCCCUGCCACGUGUGUGGCAAGAUGCUGAGUGCAGCCUACAUCUCCGACCACAUGAAGGUGCACAGCCAAGGACCCCACCACGUCUGCGAGCUCUGCAACAAAGGUACCGGUGAGGUCUGUCCUAUGGCGGCGGCGGCGGCGGCGGCGGCAUCGGCUCCCGCCACGGCUGUGGGCUCCCUUUCUGGGGCCGAGGGUGUCCCCGUGAGCUCACAGCCACUCCCCUCCCAACCCUGGUGAGCCCCGGGGGAGGGGCGCUGAGGGAAGACCCCCCCCCUUCAGCCCCCCCCUCCUCCCCUCCCCCCUAAACUCCUCGCACUCCCUCCCCACCAUAAAUUGAGGAGCCGCCUGAAGGAAGGAGUGAAGACGACAUGAUUUCUUAGGGGAAUUCAUUAGAUUUUAAAUAAUUGUUUCUCUACUCCCCCCUCCCAUCCCAACCCCCUCCCCCCCACCACCCCAACCAACUAUUCCCCUGAUUGUUUCAGGGUCUCCCGGACUUUUGGCGGGGGUGGCAAGGGAUCUACCAACUUCCCCAAUCCCCUCCCUUUCCUGCCCUCCCCUCCUUUUUCCUCGUGCUGUCUGCUGCUCAUCCCUGGGGAGUUGGUGCUGAUUGGGGAAGGGCCGGGACACAGGAGGCCAGGGAAAGGAAGGAAUGCCGGGCGGGCUCUGCCUUGGGAGAGGGGGGAUAUUUAAAGGGGGGGAGGGGGGGGGGCCGGCAGAGGAGCGGGGUUUUCGCAGCAGAGUUGGGCCGCGGUCCACGGCCUUGAAUCUAUCACCCUAGAUCUUGCCGGACAGGGAUCUGGAGGACGAGGGGCUGAGCCCUGAGUGGGGCAGCAAAGGAAGAGUGGAGGGAGAGGGGCUGGAACAGUCGGGCCUCGGAGCCCUGCGGGAAGGUGGAGGGGAGAGAGGAAGAGUGCGGGAGGAGCGGAGCCGGGCGGGCGCGGGGAGAGUCACCAGGGAGCCGAGAGACGCUCCCCAGGGGGGAAUAAGGCAGCAGUGUUACCCCUUCCCCUCUCUCCCCUCCAAUCUCUAGCGCUGUUCUUUUUCUUUUCACCUCAUUUUCCGCCAGAGGAAAACGUGGCUCUGGCCACGACAU